AUGGCGGCGAGAGGAAGACAAAGAAAGCGUGCGUCGGCCUUUUUCUUCUCCGUCUUGUGCAUCGCGGUGAUGAAGAUGGUCGAAGCGCAAACAACGACGACGACGAAAGUGAAACUCAAAUCGCCGACAAAAUCUAUGCUCAAAGCGUACGAAAUCGUGCGCGUGGAAGAUGUAAUUCGCGAGAACGAGAACGUCGACGUGGUUAAAUCGUUCGCGAUACGCGCGUUCGGGGAACGAUUCGAGGUCGAAUUGGUGUCGACCAAAACCGCCUCUACUAAGGGGCUGUUGCGCGAAAAUUUUCAAGUGCUUCGAUUCGACGGAAAGACGCUCGAGGAAGACGAAGAGACUCGAGAGUUGGCGAAAAGAGCGGCGACUAAGUGCCAGUAUAAAGGCUUCGUGAAAUCGGGAGGAGGAGACGAGGGUGGUGGGUCUGCCGCGAAUGCUCGUCCUUCUCGAGUGUCGGCGAACGUGUGCGCCAAGGAGGGGUUCGCGCACGUCGCGCUGCUCGCGAAGAAUAUGAGUUUGAGUUUAAUGAUGCCGCACGAGAGUUUUCAGGAGGAGGUGGAGGAAGCGAAGAGAGCGAGGAAGAGAAGAAAGAAGAGAAGGAAGAUUUUGAACAACGCUUUAGAUGAGAACGAAGGGGAAGAAGAGAGCGCUGAAAAUGAGGAUGAGGAUGAGAGUUUGGAAAGCGUGGAUUUUAUCGCGUUUAACGCCGCGGACGAAGUCGCCGAGCACUUGAUUGGCACACAAAGAGACCGGAUUAAAUUCAUGCCUUCAAAAGGAGACGAAGAAGAAGAAGCAAACGACGACGAUAACAAAAAACGACGAAAGUUGCAAGCGAUUGAUUACGCAAACACUCGAGUUAUCGAGGUGUACGCGCACAAUGACGAAACGCGAGUGUCGAAGUACAAUACGGCGUUCGAUUGCGUGAUGGAAACCAUCUCGAUUAUGAAUUACGUCUCUGCGUUGUAUGAAAAUGCGUUUUACCCGGACAUUGAAAUCGUACUCAAAGUAAUCGGAUAUACGGAUAAAGGUGCUACAGAUCCGUGGGGUACAGUUCAAAAAGGCGCGUUCGCUUGCCCCGCGUGCGCGACUGAUGAGGUAAAUAGCGACGACUUACUCACGAAAGCAGAUGAUUGGAAAUAUUCUUCUGAAAUCUCCACGUUGGCUGAUGCCGACGUGCUUUCAGUGCUAUCCGGGCAUAAUUUUGAUGGUGGAACCAUCGGGUUAGCGUAUACAGGUGGCGCGUGCAAUGGAUAUGGGGUAAACGUGAACGAGGUGAACCCUGCGAAUUCUUUGCGAUACUCCGCCGCGACGGUUGCGCACGAAAUCGGACACAAUCUCGGAUUUUUGCACGACGGCGAUGAUGACGAUUGUCCUGAUACCGGUUUAAUCAUGGCUGCAAAAGCUGGCUACGAACUCGAAACGGAAUGGAGCACGUGUACGGUGGCCAAAUAUAGCGCCUCGUAUUUCGCAUACGGGUGUUUGGCGCAAGGCAGCGAAGCGAUGUGCGGGAACGGUAUCGUCGAGGAAGGCGAGGAGUGCGAUUGCUUUGGUAAUGACUGUUCCGACACGGAUGUGUAUGGAAGUGAAAACACGUGUUGCAACGCGGCGACUUGUAUGCUCAACCCCGGUAAAAUGUGUUCCAGCUAUCACGACGGAUGUUGCGAUAGUUCUUGCGUUAUAAAAUCGAGCGGUUCAGUAUGUCGAGACGCGGUGUCCACGUGCGACGUCCAAGAAACAUGCGACGGCGCUUCCAAGUCGUGCGUCGCGGACGGUUGGAAACCAUACGGUACAAAGUGCCACCAUGGUACGCAUCCGAACGAUAUUGGGAGUUGCUACAAAAAUGAGUGCCGAAACCAACAUUUUUGGUGCCAACAAAUCGAUUCGACCUCCCAUGGCGGAUUUUGCGUGACUGAAAAAGUUUCGUUUCCGGAAAGCGUAUGCUCGACAACUGCGUUCAGGUGCUACGGUUCCGCCUCGUCGUGUAACGGGCCACACGAUUAUUACAUUGAACCUGAGAAAGGGUACCCGUGCUCCAGCGUUCCUUCGACAACCGACGGCGUCUUUGCGAAAGUUUGCGACGGGUACGGCGGUUGCGUUGCGCCAGACGAGUUGAACAAUUUACGAGGUCCAUACAUCACGUCUUCGGUGCCUGUAGGAAGCGAGCCGAACGUUAAUUUUGACGUGAAUGAAGGAUUUAGAAAGCUCCCAUCUUACAAAGUUGUUGUCGCAUAUUUUGCGGCUAUGGUGCUGAUAUUCGCAGAAGUGUUGUUGUAUUGA